ACGAUAACGUUUUCGCUGCUGCUGGGCGUGAUCGAUAUAUAAGAAUAUAUGAUACCAGGACCCCAUGCGAGGCACCUGGUAUGAAGCUAAGAUCACCAUCAUCACUGUGGGCUGUACGAUGGCGUCCUGGAUCUGGGGUCCAUCUAGCUAGUUGCCAUAGUGUAAUGGAUAGUACCGUUAAUGUAUGGGAUCUACGUAUGCCUCAUAUGCCCGGUUAUGUAUUCAAUUCACAUGCUGAUUCUGUAGUUGAUAUGUUCUGGGCUGAUAACCAUCAUAUAGUCUCUGGUAGUAAGGACUGUACAGUCCGGAUGCAUGCUCUACGAGAUGCUACAAUACCCAUAGAGAACCUGCGUACUGUUAACAUAUCCUUUUCGUUUUGCAAAGCAUAUGCAUCUCCCUCGUCUGAGGGGGGCAGCAGUGAUGAUAGAAAGGGAGGAGGAGGAGGGGAGUUGGUCAACACAGUUGCUGAUGUCUGUGAUACAGUCGAUCGAACGACCUUCGUAACUAUUCAUGAUGAUCUAGAUAUGAAAAAGGUGGCCCAAAGUGGUUUCCCAGUGAGUACAUCUCGUAAGGCCACCAACCCGAUUGAGCAAAGCCCGUGUGAGAUCGAUCUACACAGGUGUAUUGAUGGAGAUAACAUCCCCUAUCGCGGUGGAGGCCAACGUCCAUCAUCGAUAGCGGCGCCAGGAGCAGCACCGUCGUCGUCGUCGUCGUCGAUCGAUCGGCCGAGCAAGCUUGCAUCCCCUCGUGGGUUCCCACCUAGGGCUGAUAGGAUUAGAUGUUUCAAUCGGUUCGCUUUCGAAGGAGGCAUGGAUAGUGCAAUAUCGAAACCCCGUAGCCCAAGAUCCAGGACCCCUCCACCUACUAUUAGAGGCGUCCGCCGGCCCCCACUGCCCCCUACAGUGCCCAGCAGCAUC